AUGGUCUUGGAAUCCCCUCAGAAAUUCAUACCAACGAUACAGCCCACCAGCGUACACUCCGACCGCCAUCCACUCACCGAUCGGCCCACAUUCGACGCCACAACCGAUGCAACACAGUAUCUUGCAGGAAUCCAGGACGAGAUGCUCCCUAGGAAACCAAAUCCACCUGUCCACCGCGUGGUUACUCAUUGCGGACACACACUAACUACAGUACUUGACGGCAUAGAUGCCGGCGAAAAUGCCCGUGCUUCACUUCACUAUCAUUCGAUGCCGCCAGACGAAGCAGAUUCAUCGAUCCAAUUUACAUUUCAACGAUUUGUAAAUUUUGUAGCGCUGUCCACGAUCGGGAGACGCAACAUGUGCAUCCCCAAAGCUCGGCAUGUUUCCCUCCAGCACCCCGUACGAUCGGUCCGACCUGCUACCGAUUCGACGUCACAACUGCCGCAGAUUAAUAAGCGCGUCAAAUGCGUGCAGGUGGAGAUUCAAUCCGAGUCCAAGGAGAAAGAUUCCAUCGAGCCAGGAGUCCAGGACAAGAUACUCUCUAGGAAACGAAAAGCAACCCAUCCGCCGUAUGCUGACCACACAUUGGGCGUGGUUCACGAACGCUCAUCCGUCUAUAUUCCAGCCAAGGCCACACACCAUCAACGUUGCCGCGAGAAAACGCACGCAACCUUCGCUACAAUCUUCGCAGCUAGCAAUUUGGCUGCAUCGAUCGCAGCAAUGCCGGUGCGUCACUUCUCAAUCAUUCGAUGCCGCCAGAUGAUCCAGAUUCGCCGAUCCAGUUUACAUUUCAGCCGGAAAGCGCAAAUCGGCAACCACAAGCUCGAGGUGUUUUCCUCCAGCGCUUUGAAACCGCUUACUAGGUGUCACAGUGCAUUGUAUCAACGUGGAAUGGAGGGGUGGCGCUGGACGCCAGCACGACUCGAUAAUGAAUCCUCACCACGACCACCAGCUCAGCUCAGCAUCCGCAGUCUCAUAAAUACUGCUUGUCCCUCAUCAACACACUACUUCGUUUGGAGUGCGUUGGAAGCCUACUACACGCACAUGCUGCUUGUCUGCUUUCGAUGCGGUCACCUUGCAGUCGAUAACACUACCUCACAUGUAGCACUGAGUGAGCUCGGACGACUCGCUGCGGAACACAGCCUCGUCAAGGAUUGCUUUUGCAUACACAAACACGCGGAUGCAGCCGAAUCGUCUUCAGAAAUCCGCGAUUUUGCUUCAUGUUGUUUGAAUCAAACACUGCGCUACCAAUUCGCUGAAGAUACACCGGCGACAAUCUCCAACGUAUCAUCAACUUGGACCACCAUCGAGACCCAAGAUUUCAAAUAA